ACUUCGGCUGUGCAGAAGCUUCGCGCCAUACUAGCCCCUAACUCGUUCCGCUCAGUGAUCAGUGUCGGUGCGCCGCGCGUGUUCCAGUCUGCCCUCGUCAGAGACUACUCAGCUUUUGCCGUUUCGGCUGUGAAUCUCGCUCACUCCGUGCUAUCCGCCACAAGAUGUCGCACUCGGUCGUCAUAACGCGGACAACAACCACCACCAGCAGCACUUCGCAUGUCGUCCUAAAUACUGGAUACCUGCGAACGACGCCCGGUCUGUUGAAGCUCGCCCAGUUGCUCAUUGGUGCGGUUAAUGUUGGCAUCGUGGCGUACAACAUGCGGCGCUACCCGACCUCGGGGCUGCCGGCAAGCGCCGAGUUCUUCUUCCUCCUGAUGGCGGUUGCCUUCCUGAUCGGCACGUUCUGCCUGCUCGCAUCCUGCCUGGUAUCACUCAGCACCGGCGGCAUAAUCUCGAAGACGAUCUACGAGCUCAUCUACCACACGGUCGCCUUCCUGCUCUAUCUGAUCUCCUCCAUCAUGCUGCUGGUUGACGUGUCCAACGGUCGCUACUAUCCGACGCUCAAGGACGCCUACAUGACCGCAUCGAUUCUCGGGCUGAUCGUGUCGGCGCUCUACCUCUUCAGCGCCCUGCUCGCCCAGCGUUCGUACCGUGGCAUCUAAGGCAGCAGAAGCAAGCAACCCGAUCCACGCAGAUAUCCUAUCGCCCUACUCAGCCAGCUACUUUAUUUACCUGCCGCGGCCGUACCAGUUAAAUCGCAGGUGGGGGAGUGGUGGCGAGCAUAGGACGUACUUAAUAUUCAAACAUCACAAAUCGACUGCGUCCUUUCUACCGCUCUUCCCAUUUGGUGUGUGUUUAUGUGUGUGAUUGUAUAUGUGUCCUUGUGCUCUCGCAUUUCGUGCCGGUCGCCAUGUGGCGUAUUGAGACGGCUGAACGUAGCCCGAAACGAGAGCAUCCUUUUGAAAUGUUUGCGACUCACGCAUGUACUACAUGGACAGUGAGUGUUUGUGUACCUCUAACGUCCUUCUGUUUUUCUUAAAUCUUCACUCAUCUCGUAGCGGUAGACCUAAUACAUAUUUCACCUUUUUAUAUUCAUACCUUUCCCUCAUAAUAUUUAUAUUCUCUACUAAGUUUUACCAUUGUCUCAAUCAACAAAAGCGGAAACGGAAGGGAGUUCGGACAACGGCACGACACGUUUCCGCUUCCCCUCUACCAGAGCUACGACGCUCUUGGAGCUACCCUUUUUUUUAACGAUUUACAAUAAAAUAC